AUGAGGAGUAAGCAAUGUAGAAAUAUUUUCCAUAUUCAUUUAUUUAUUCAUUUUUCUCUCCCCCUCUCUUUAUUCCUUCAUUCCUUUUCUCCACCCCCCUCUCUUUAUUCCCUUCAUUCCUUUUCUCCACCCCCCUCUCUUUAUUCCUUCAUUCCUUUUCUCCACCCCCCCUUUUAUUCCUUCAUUCCUUUUUCUCCACCCCCCCCCCUCUUUAUUCCUUCAUUCCUUUUCUCCACCCCCCCCUCUUUAUUCAUUCCUUUCUCCCCCCCUCUUUAUUCCUUCAUUCCUUUCUCCACCCCCCUCUCUUUAUUCCUUCAUUCCUUUUCUCCACCCCCCCUCUCUUUAUUCCUUCAUUCCUUUUCUCCACCCCCCCCCUCUUUUAUUCCUUUUCUCCACCCCCCUCUUUUAUUCCUUCAUUCCUUUUCUCCACCCUCCUCUCUUUAUUCCUUCCUUCUUAUUCUCUUUCUCUCACACCUCCUCUUUUUUAUUCUCUCUCAUACCUCCACUUUCUUCUUUCUCUCAUACCUCCUCUUCUUUCUCUCAUACCUCCUCUUUCUUCUUUCUCUCUUACAUCCUCUUUCUUAUUCUCUUUCUUUCUUACAUCCUCUUUCUUCUCUUUCUCUCAUACCUCCUCUUUCUUCUUUCUCUCAUACAUCCUCUUUCUUCUCUUUCUCUCUUACAUCCUCUUUCUUAUUCUCUUUCUCUCUUACAUCCUCUUUCUUAUUCUCUUUCUUUCUUACAUCCUCUUUCUUAUUCUCUUUCUUUCUUACAUCCUCUUUCUUAUUCUCUUUCUUUCUUACAUCCUCUUUCUUAUUCUCUUUCUUUCUUACAUCCUCUUUCUUAUUCUCUUUCUUUCUUACAUCCUCUUUCUUUCUCUCUCAUUCUCUUUCUUUCUUUCCUCAUUAUAUCAGAAACGACUAA